AUGGCGUCCUCCAUUAAUGAAGAUAGCCUUUCCGCCGUUACUUCAAGUCAAUUUGAUGACCUUUCUCCUGCUGAACAUGGCCGACUCGAUGCUGAACUUGAGGCAUUAGACCAGAGCUCUGCUACCUCAAGGAAGCGCCCUUACAAGAAGAAGUGCACCGAGAUCUGGUCCUAUUCUCGCAAACCCAAAGGUGUGGAGAGGGGAAAAGACCAAUGGAAACACCAGAUCUGGUAUUGUGGCCAAAUAGUUGGACAUGGUAACAGAACCAGGCCUUGUCCCUACUCUUCAACAAACAUGAAGCGCAUUCGGGAGCAUCUGACCAAGAAUCACCUCAUUACCCUCAGCAAUGGUGAUGGAGAGCCACUCGCAAAGCGUCAGGCUACACUUCUUCGAGGCUUCGACAUUCAGAAGGCACACCCAUCUUCUCAGUUUACAACCGUAGAGAAGCAACUCCUUCGACGGGUAUUCGACAAGGGGGACAUUGCAGAGAAGCUCAUCCGCCUCCUCGCAAGCAAUAAUCAGUCUCUACGUAGCGUAGAGUGGAAGGAGUUUAUCGAGUUCUCUAAUACACUCAACCCCUUUGCGAGCGAGGUCUUACCCAACCGGAAGCAGGCUAAGGAAACGCUUGUUUCUAUCCAUCGAAAAUACAAGCGUAGAGUCAUGCGCCGUCUCCGAAAUUCCCUCUCAAAGAUUCACUUCUCCGUCGAUGUUUGGUCUUCCCCAACGCGGACAAACCUACAGGCUAUUUGCUGCCACUUCCUCGACGAAAAGACGCGGAAAGUUACGAAGGCUUGUCUAGCCCUAGCCAACCAUCCUGAGCAAUACCGGGCAGAAGAGCAGGCAGACGCGUUCUUGCGCGUCAUCAAGGAGUAUAAUAUCUCCCACAAUCGUAUCGGGGCCUUCAUCAGCGACAACCACGGCAGCAAUGAUAAGAUGAUUCGCAUCCUUAAGAAGACUAUUAAGGAGUUACCACCAGUUGAGCAUAUCCGCAUCCGUUGCCUCGGUCAUGUCAUCAACCUCGCUGCUAGCGCCUUCAUUUACAGGCAGAACAACGAGGCAGACGAGCUCUCAAAACUAAAUCUGCCAACACAAGGCAAGAAAAAGGAGAAGGACGAGAUCAAACCUCCAUCAGAAUGGCGAAAAUUAGGCCCAGUUGGCAAGCUCUUCAACCUUGUCAAACUCAUCCACGCGUCUAACGCAAACAUCAACUCCUUCACAAACAUCACAGGUUGCCAAAUGCCCCUUCCUAACGCGACAAGGUGGAACAGUUGGUUCAUCAUGAUCCACAAGGCUCUCAAGCUUCGCAAAGGAAUCAUUCAGUGGUCGAGUUCCAGAAAAUCCGCUCAAGAGGAUUGCCUCACUCACGAUGAGUGGAGAGAACUCUUUAACUACAAGAACUUCCUCCUUCCAUUUUGGCAAGCGACAAAGGCCGCCGAGGGCGACCGUGCAUCUCUUCAAUCAGUACAACUUUCAAUGGAUUACCUCGCAGACCACUACGCCAAAGCCACGGAGUUUUACAAGGACAAUGCCUCAACUAAAGCGCGCAUUCUCACCUCCCAUCUCACCUUUGACAAAUACUACAACAUUACAGAUCAGGCACCUCUCUAUGCGGCUUCCAUCCUUCUACACCCCAGCCUUCGUCGAUCUUACCUUGACAAACAGUGGGCAGCUCUCUCUACCAAGAAUGAGACCCCAUAUAUUGAGAAUGCAGUCAAGGCGACCACCUCACUUUGGGAGAAAUACAAGCCUCAGGACGGUGAUGCCGAGGGUAGCUCAAAGCCAGGCGAGCAAUCAAGCUUUGACGUGUUUAUGCAGAGUGUACUUCAGGAUAACUCAACAUGCGACGAGUUUGAGAGAUUUAUCAAAGGCGACAAGUUCCCCAUCCAUCGCUCUCCACUCGAAUGGUGGCCCGAACCCACACAGGGAGACAUGUACCCAAACCUUCAACAAUUCGCCAUUGACGUCUUCACGAUUCCCCCCAUGUUGUCGGAUAAAACUGCCUCUGUUGAUAGAACAAGCAAACUUGGUGUAAAUGCUGGGUGUCAUGUCGGCUAUGAGAACUGA